AUGGCGGCAACUGCGGUCUGUUCGCUGGACGUCGCCGGUGCGUCGCUCGCGCUGCAUCACGGGAACGCGUGGACCACGCCAUCAGAACCAGCUCACCUCCUGUCGCUAUUCCAGGUGCGUGGGCCUGCUGCCCAGCAGUGCAGCGCCGCGCAGCUGCCACCGGGCCAGGUCAAAGGCUAUGACCCUGACCGCACCCUUGCACAGGCCGAACCCAGCACCAAUAACGUGGGCCUGAUCAACGACGAGGACUCUUCCCUUUUCCAGCCCGUGGUGCACACCACCACGGGGCAAGCUGUGGGCCCGAGCAGCAUGGCUGAUCCGGGGAGGAUGGCGUAUCCGCCUCCCAUGCCCCCGAUGAUGCCCCCG